GUGACUUUAGCAUAAGUUUAGUUGUACCUGGUGUUUCAUCACCAUCCGUACAGUACAAAGGCAGACAGUCACUAGCACCAAGUAUAGUACUUAGUUCUCUUACUGCGCUGCAAGUGCAAUUAAUGCAAGGAGGAAUCGUCGAGACGAGUCUUAACCAGCAAAGUUCCACGAAAUCAGCAAGGGUGGCUGAUCACAUCGCAAGGAUGACUCUCGCGGAGCAUCAGCCCGAGAGGCCCUUCGAAGACGAGGAGGAAGAGGAAGACGAGGAGGAGGAGGAAGAAGAAGAGGAGGAGGAGGAAGAGGACGACGAUGACGACGACGAGGAGGAGGAAGAAGAUGAGGAUGAGGAGGACGACGAGGACGAAGAUGAGAUGUGCGGAGCUACGGGGCCGGGUGGCCGGGCUCUUGGAUCUCUGGGCGACUUGUGCUGCGCCCCUCGACACGCCUGCUCCCGGGGCGGGGGCUGUCCGUCUGUCGCUCAAGUCCGUGACCUGCCGCACCAGCACCAUCAUCACCAGCCCGAGCCCGCUCGGCCCAGCAGUAGCAGUAGCAGCACCUGCGCCCUCCUAGGUCGCGUUGUCGAGAGCCGCAGGAGUCGUCGCGCCGCCCGGAUGGCUCGGCUCGUCAACAUUUGGAACGACAAGGACAAAGGAAUCAAGCUCCAGCCGAAGCAAAUGCCCCUCAUCAUCGACGAGAACCUCAAGAUGAUCAUGGAUAUCACGGGAUUGAAAGCUUUGCGCGAAAAUCCUCUGGUCCAGGGAAAACAGCUGGAAGAGUUCACAAAGAAGUAUAACCUGCUCAGCAUGGAAGAAAGAAAAGUCUCCUUUGAAGUUGCCUGCAAAGAUAUAUUGAGCGUCGUUGAUCAAACUGUUCCAUGCAUCGGUUGUAGAAGAAGUGUGGAGAGAUUGUUUUACGACUUAAGUAGUUUAAAUGGUCAUCCAGCAUUAGAUCCAAUCACGAUAUCUUACAAUGGCUUGUUAACAAUAAAAGAUGAAGUCUUGCAAUCUCCUCAAAGAUUGUGUACAUUACUGCAAGGGCACAGCACAAGAUUAAAUGAGUUAGUGGAUCGUCAACCACGAAAUAAAAAGUCGCGCAGAUGUGUCCUUCAUUCUUUGGAGGUGCAACGUAUGAGACCUCCACAAAAUGCUUGGAGAGAAGUGUGGGAUUGUAUGGAAUACGAGUGUUUAAGAGAAAUUACUUACAUUGACUCUGACACAUUAGAAGCAACUUUGAAUACGUAUCUUCGUAAACACAAAUUUUGUUCGGAUUGCCGUACGAAAGUACUUUUGGCUUCGUCAUUAUUAACAACUGAAAGUGACCCAACAAAAGAAAAGGGUUAUGUCAGUUCAUUAUAUGCCGAUAUACAACGCUGUACAGGAGGUCAUGUACACUUGCCAUUGAACACUGAAUACAUUAGUUCUAUAAUUGGAAGAGCACAGCCUGAUAUCAUGGGAAGAGAAAGACAUGCAAAAACUUUGGAAAUUGCUCAAGAAGAAGUUCUCACGUGCCUUGGGAUAUGCGUAGCUGAACGUUUAAAUAGAAUUUAUCGGCGUCUUAAAGAACAAGAAACUAUGGUCAAGGUAUUGGCUGCAGUGGCAGUGGAUACACUUUCAAGAAACUUCCAAAUGGCAGUCGAUUACAAGCAAGGAAUAACGCAACUUGAAGUUCUUUACAAAGAGUUUAAAAGAGAGGAAGUAGCUAAACAGCAGCGUCGUGAAAAGUUACGACUCAAGAAGAAGAAAAAGAAGGAACGUCGUGCUGAAACAGAAGGAAAGGAAAAUCAGUGCGAAGAAAAAGAAGAUAAGUGUGAGUGCCCACAGGCAGAUGCUGAUGAAAAAGAAGUAAAAGAAUCUUCUGUAGCCGCAUCUCUCAAGCCAGAACUCGAGCAAGACUGUAUCGACCGACACAAGUUGCAGGUGUUGGAUCCAAAAAUGAAAGGACCGCCAACUUGCAAUUGUCCGGACUGCGCAAAAAAAUCAAAAAACUCCAACCAAGCUCAAACCAUUAACCAAUGUGGAGCUACUAGCACGCCCAGCAAAAAAGACAAAAAGAAUAAAAAGAAGACACCUGAAAUCAAGUCGCCGAGCAACAAUAACAACAGCAGCAAUGCGAAAAAAGGUGGGAAGCGCGAUAAGGCGGACAAACCUGUGAGCAAGGAUUGCGACGAAAUAUUGCCAAAACCUUCUGACACUAAAAAAAGUGACCAGCUCGGAUGUGAAGUAAGUAAACGGCUCAUGAGUGAUGAAUGUAAAAAUCCGUCUCCGUCUAAUCACGUAGUGGAAGAGUUUAUGGAUGUAAAUAAAAAAUACACAAUGUGGAUAGAAGUGAAAAAACGUCUUAAUACCAAAGCAUUAAACAGAAACAGCCGGUCGUCUAGUGAACAUUCUUCACAAGACUAUGGCUAUUCAUCUGAACACAAUAUGAGCAUUUCAUCAUUGCCCAGUUCUCCAGAAGGUUCGGAAGUUGCAUGUAGCGAAGGCUGCUGUGCUCGCGAGGGCGAAUGUUCUGACGCAAGAUCUGUGGAUAAGUUAAAUAUUUCAGAUACACGUCUUUGCUUGCUCAAGGAGUAUGGUGGAGGUUUGACGUUGUCCCAGAUGCUAGAGGAUUCCUCUGAAGAUGAAGGCAAUCGUAGCUAUAUUCCAGUCGAAGAAGUAUUAGAAUUCAAGUCGCGCAUGUGCCAAGUCAUAGAAAAGCGUCGGGAACUUCGUCAAACACUUCAGAAGCGUUUUGCAGCGCUAUGUAAUAGUCAUCACAAGCCCUUCACCAUUCCUCGUUGAUGAUUUCCAUUAGGUAUUGUUAAAGCAAGUGUUCUUUCUUUUCUACGUCGAUUUUACUACGAACAAAGAAUUUAAGAAUCAUGUACAAUAAAAUUUUUUUUUUUGGAUGUAAUUGUUAAUUCUCACAGUCCACAGAUUGAAA